GAUGGUCCGUAGUGGAAAAAAUGGUGACCUUCAUCUUAAACAGAUUGCAUAUUAUAAACGAACUGGUGAAUAUCAUCCAACUACACUGCCAAGUGAGAGAAGUGGCAUAAGAAGAGCAGCAAAAAAAUUUGUCUUCAAAGAAAAAAAGCUGUUUUAUGUUGGAAAAGACAGGAAACAAAAUCGUUUGGUAAUUGUUUCAGAAGAGGAAAAAAAGAAGGUCUUAAGAGAAUGCCAUGAAAAUGACUCUGGAUCUCAUCAUGGCAUAUCCAGAACCCUCACUCUAGUGGAAUCCAAUUACUAUUGGACUUCUGUGACCAAUGAUGUCAAACAGUGGGUAUAUGCUUGUCAGCAUUGCCAAGUGGCGAAAACUGCAGUUAUUCUAGCACCUAAACAACACCUUCUCAAGGUAGAAAAUCCAUGGAGUAUAAUUACUGUUGAUCUGAUGGGACCUUUUCAUACAAGCAACAGAAGCCAUGUAUAUGCUAUAAUCAUGACAGAUUUAUUCACAAAAUGGGUUAUGAUUUUGCCUCUAUGUGAUGUUUCAGCAUCAGAAAUUUCUAAAGCUAUUAUCAAUAUAUUUUUCUUAUAUGGACCUCCUCAGAAAAUAAUAAUGGACCAAAGAGAAGAAUUCAUUCAACAGAUCAAUGUUGAGCUAAACAGACUGUUUGGCACAAAGCAAAUUGUAAUAUCUCACACUUCUGGAACUCUAAACCCAACUGAAAGUACACCUAGCACAAUCAAAACGAUUCUCUCCAAACACUGUGCUGACCACCCAGACAACUGGGAUGAUCACCUAUCAGCUGUUUCAUUUGCCUUCAAUGUGACUCACUUGGAGCCUACUAAAAAUACACCAUAUUUUCAAAUGUUUAAUCGAAAUCCUUAUAUGCCUGAGACGUCAGGUAGUCUUCAUGAAGCAGAUGGUGAUAAUACAAGUAUGUUUGCCAAAAUUCUAUAUGCAAUUAAAGAAGCUGAAAAAAUGAUGGAAAAUAAGACUUCAGAGGGCCAGGUGGAGAACAACAAUUUGGAUGAAUUAAAUAAAAGCAAGAUUGCUAUUAAAAAGAAACCAAAGCAAUUAAAUCCAUUUCAUUUAAAAGUGGGUCAUGAAGUUUUAAGACAAAGGAAAAACUGGUGGAAGGAUGGUCGUUUCCAGUCUGAAUGGGUUGGUCCUUGUGUCAUAGACUAUAUUACAGAAGGUGGAUGUGCUGUCCUGAGAGACAACACUGGGGCUAGACUUAAAAGACCUAUCAAAAUGUCUCACCUUAAGCCGUAUGUAAGAGAAUCCAGUGAACAAGACAGCCUUUAUCUCUUGCAAGGUUCAGUAGUGGCAGAUCAUGACUACAUUGGAUUGCCUGAAAUUCCGGUUGGAGCAUACCAAGCAAAUAUUCUGGUAGAAGAUGCAACUAUUGGUGUAGCCAGUAAUGAAUUACUGACAUCAAGCAAGGAUCGUGAACUAUUAGAAUAUAGAAAUGCCAAGAUUUCUCCGUUGAUGGAAGAUCAUGGUACUCUUGAAAAGCAGACUUUCAGUCUUUUGGACUCUUCAAGCCAAGUCCUUGAAUACUUAAGUUAGCAAAUGCCAAAAUUAAAGUGCUUGUUUAGAUUGUACAACCCCCUUGAAUCUUAGUAUCUUAUCCAUUAAAACAGGUUGUGUAGAAGAAGUGUCUUGACACACUCUUAAUGACUAAAUCCUGAAGGUUUAUUUUAUAACUAUUUAUGUAAAGUUGUAUCACAUUGAGUAUUAAUAUUCCUGUAUAUCAAAGGAAAGGAAGCAUAUAAUAUAUAGAAUUCACUUCUUCUAAAGAGAGAACAGGCGAAGCACCCUUGCUUCUUAAGAAAUACAUUAAAUUCCAGCUCAAAACUCUCCAA